UCUCCGAUUGCAGUGCGAGACCUUUUCCACCCUGCUCCGGUGGGGGGAGGCUACAUGUUCAAUCCUGUUUACUGGUUGUAAGAAAAACUACCGCCAUAGCCUUUGAUGUUGCUGUGCACUCUAGAGAACAUUUUUGUUCUGCAACGAGUAACAUUCAAGCAGGAAAAUAUCGUCAAAUAUCCAUUUUUGCUAGCUCCGAGUUUCAAUGAAAUCUUUCCAGACGUCCGUGAUAGAAUCUAAGAGAGGUAUUUUUCAUCGCUAAAGGGGGGCUGGAAAUCGGAAAAUGGUUUGUGAAAUAAAAGAAAACUACCGCACGGGAGUUUUUCUAUCAACUGUGUCAAGUGAUACCGUAAAUAGCGCCAUUUGGGGGCACGGGGGACGAGAGUCUCAAUACAGCUUCAAACGUGAGCUGUUCCAACUGUUGAACAACUGCGUAACGCACUGUUACCGCCAGGUAGUGCAGGAAAAUCGAAGCUUCUGGGAACGAUUAAUGUGGUUUCUAAUCCUGGUGCUAGCAACAACCGCUCUAAUAGUAGUGUUGAUAACUGCCUGGAAUAGCUUUACUGCUAGCCCACUGGUAACCACCCUGCAUGACACUCUGUAUCCGAUCAGGAAUGUACCAUUUCCCGGGAUUUCAUUGUGCAACAACAACAGAAUAUCCCGCGCCGCAGCUAUCCGAUAUGCAGAGGAUUUAAGCCGCAAGGAUCCGGAACAUCGCAACACCACCUUCUUUCUGAACAACGUCAGGCUGCUGGGAAGACUGUACCAGUACGAAUACGAUGACGUGUUCCAAAUGGCACAGUUCCAGGACUUUCUGGAUCUGCACGACGUUAACAAUGUUACCGGUGUUCAUAGCAUGUAUGACACGCUAGAAAAGCUUUCACCUCGUUGCGAACAAAUGCUGCUGCGUUGCUUCUGGAAGAGCAUCGAGUUACCGUGCAUGACAAAGACGGACAUGUUUGAAGUCAGACGAACGCAGUAUGGAUUUUGCUGUACGUUCAAUUUUAUUGGACAUAACGAGGAUAAUGAUAUUCACCCAUCUUCGUAUUACCUGGAUAUGACCGGCCCUGAUAUGGGAUUAGUCAUACUGCUGAAUGGUUCCACGAACGAUUACUUCUACAACAUUUACAACAACAUCGGCUUUAGUCUGCAAAUAUUUGAUCCCUCGGAAACGCCGGAUGUUUCAGCGGGCGGUGUGAACGAGCGAUUUGUGCACCUCGGCAGUGAAACCUUCAUUCGCGUCGAUGCGAUCACAAUCCACAGUGAGCCCGAUGUCCAACGUUAUUCCCGAGCAACCCGUCGCUGUGUGCUGCGAAAUGAGCUGCUCCGUUACGGUCGUCCCUACGCCAGAAGUAAUUGCGUGGCCGCUUGCCGCAUCCGGAGCGUGAUAGCGUUGUGUGAAUGUGUUCCAUUCUUUAUGCCACUGGGAAACAGUGCCAAAGACAAGUCCGUCACGAUCUGCAACCUGCAGCAUAUCGCGUGCCUGAACAAGUACAAACUAAAGUGGUCCACCAUAAUCACAGAAAUUUCCAAAAUCCCAGGACUGGAAAAGGAGAUGGAAGAGUCGCUAUACUGUCCGGAUUGUCUGCCAGCCUGUUCCGGUAGCAAGUAUCAAAUAACGUCCACCGCAUUACCGCUAAUCAAAUCCCGGCGAACCGGCUUCAGUAUUACCCACGGUAUCGACGAUGUUUCGGACGUUAGCGUAGUGCGUAUAUUCUUUGGACAGCCCGAAACGUGGCUCUACAAACAGGACGUAGCAUCCUAUUGGUUUGAAAUCUUCAGCAAUUUUGGUGGAAUGUGCGGCAUAAUGGCUGGUCUGUCGCUGAUAAGCAUUUCGGAAAAUGUUUACUUCAUCGUCAGACAGUUUGUAUUGGUUUUGCUGACCAAGUCGAACCAGUUGCGGCGGCAGGAGCGGAGAGGUCAACUGGUGAGACCGAUUUUACCGUGAAUGUAAAGGUACCAACAGUGGCCGGAUUAUGGUUGAAGCUACUCGCUGUUUCCGAUGGCAGUCGUUAGGAUAUGGCACCAGCUGUUGCACUUCACUCACCAAUUGCGAAGCGAUGCUUUCUGUUGGCACUCGGUUGGAUAUAAUGGUACGAUAAUAUACACAGUACACCCGGAUGUCGGUUUGUCAUCAAGAGCAGCACCAGCGACAUUUUUCGUACCCAUAGUCACACUCCAACACAUAGGAACGCGAUUUACCAGAGUGUGGUGUCACCAUGGGCACCGGGAUGGGUCAUCCGGGUACACAAUGCGAAUUAAAAUUUGAUUAGCAUUCCCCACUUUGGCGUUUUACCUGUUUGGCUAGCACUCCAAAGUAAAAAAGAGAACAAGCCACCUGUCAUUGCACAACACGGUGUGUUCACACAUCUCCCGGAAGCAGGGAACCUUUAAUCCUACGG